GCUCAUCCUAGAAACCCUUAAAUCCGAGUAAAAUAGUCAGCAAUCGGAAGUCACCGAAAUGCUAAUUAUAACAUGCCUCGGAUUCGACGGUUAAGACAUCUCCUCCACGAUCCUCUACUACUCAAAUUCUCACACUUUCCCGCCACCCAAACAAGACCUUUCAGCACGCUCUCUUCCCUAUUGGAUCUCUGUACCGAACCCCGACAGCUUCGACAAGUCCAUGCCAGGUUCACCCUCCAUGGCCUACACCAAAACCCAGCGCUCUCUUCCCAACUCAUGGACUGCUAUGGCAAACUUGGCCUCCUCCAUCUUUCCCAACAAGUAUUCAACUCCAUUAGUAACCCAAGUUCAGUUCUUUACAGCUCGAAUUUGAGAAAUUUGUUUAAGUUUGGUGAGUUUGAGAGAACCCUUUUGGUGUACCAAGAAAUGGUCAUGAAUUCCAUGUAUCCAGAUGAAGAUACCUACCCUUUUGUUCUGAGGUCGUGUUUUUGUUUGCCAGAUGCUGGAUAUGGGAAAAAGGUUCAUGGGCAAGUGGUGAAGCUCGGGUUUGAUUCAUUUUAUUUGGUGGGUACUGCUUUGGUAGAGAUGUAUAGGAGCUGCGGUAAUUUUGAGAAUGAGCAACAGCUGGUUGAAAGAAAGUCUAAUUGUGAUUUGUAUGAUUGGAAUUCUUUGAUUUUUGAGGCUUCUCAAAAUGGGGAUUCCGAGGAGAGUUUUAGACUUUUCAAGAGAAUGAGAAAUAAGAGAGUUGAGCCGGAUUCAGAUACUAUAAUUAAUUUGUUAAGGUCAAGCGUUGAUUUGAACUUGUUACGGGCGGGAAAGGCCAUUCAUAGUUUGGUUGUUGUGAGCAACUUGUGCGAGGAAUUAUCGGUGAAUACAGCAAUAUUAUCCAUGUAUUGUAAGUUGUGUAGUCUGGAAUAUGCAAGAUUGCUAUUCGAGGAAAUGCCCGAGAAGGACUGUGUUGUUUGGAAUAUAUUGAUUAGAGCAUAUUCUAAAAAUUGGUACCCCCAGAAAUCCAUUGAAAUAUUGCAGUGUAUGGUAAGAACAGGGGUUAGAGCUGAUUUGUUCACAGCACUUCCUGUGAUUUCUUCAAUCACACAGUUGAAGUCUAUUGGGUGGGGCAAGCAAUUGCAUGGUUAUGUAAUAAGAAAUGGUUCAGACUAUCAAGUAUCAGUUCAUAAUUCUCUUAUUGACAUGUACUGUGAGUGUGCCCAUUUAAGUUCAGCUAGGAAGAUCUUCGAUUCAUUGAUAAACAAGACUGUGGUUUCAUGGAGUGCAAUCAUUAAAGGAUAUGUGACCAAUGAUCAGUGCAUUGGUGCUUUGUCUCUCUUUGGCAAGAUGAAAGCGGAAGGAGUGAGAGUCGAUUUUGUGACAGUUAUCAACAUUUUGCCUGUCUGUGUGAAUAUUGGGGCAUUAGAAAAUGUAAAAUACCUUCAUGGGUACUCAUUGAAAUUAGGCCUCAACAUACUUUCCUCCGUUAAUACCGCACUUCUUGUCAGCUAUGCAAAAUGUGGAUAUAUAGAAAUGGCUCGGAAGAUUUUUGAUGAAGAGAAAAUCGAUGGUAAAGAUAUAAUCAUGUGGAACUCUAUGAUCGGUGCAUAUGCUAAGCAUGGAGACUCGCCUAAAUGUUUUGAUUUGUACAACCAAAUGAAGCAUUCAAAUUUGAAACCGGAUCAAGUAACCUUUCUUGGGCUAUUGACAGCCUGUGUAAAUUCUGGCCUCAUUAAAGAAGGCCAGGAGUGUUUCAAGGAGAUGGAAAACUAUGGUUUCCAACCAACCCAAGAACACUAUGCUUGCAUGGUUGAUUUAUUAGGGCGUGCUGGGAAAAUGACUGAAGCCAGAGAACUUGUAAAAACUAUGCCCUUCAAACCAGAUGCUCGAGUGUGGGGCCCAUUAUUAAGUGCCUGUAAGAUGCACUCAGACACCAAGCUUGCAGAGUUUGCCGCAGAGAAGCUUAUUAUCAUGGAACCAAAAAAUGCUGGCAAUUACAUAUUGCUCUCAAAUAUUUAUGCUGCAGCCGGAAAGUGGGAUGGGGUUGCUAAAAUGAGGAGCUUUCUUAGAGAUAGAGGAUUGAAGAAAACCCCGGGCUCUAGCUGGCUAGAAGUAAAUGGACAUGUACACGAGUUUCGUGUUGCUGAUAAAUCCCAUCCUAGGUCGGAUGAUAUCUAUACCCUUUUAAGAAACAUAGAGGUUGAAAUCACGGCUAGAAACAAGAGUUCAGAAACACGGUCUUAAAACUUCAGUUUUGUUCUUUGGAAAAGUUUUUGGAAACGUAAAGCACAUGUGGCAGCCAUUAGUCGAGUUGCGCAGAGAUGGAUGCAUUUGAAUUGAUGUCAAAAGGGGUAUAUAUCAUGGGAAGGAUUCUCGCAAAGAAGUUAAAUUUUUUAUGUUGAUGGACUAGAGCUACGAGCUUUUUGAUGGACUAACUCUUACAGGAGUCAGAUGCGAAAUAGAAUCAAGGCAGGAAGAAGCAAACUGGUUUUUCUUUUCUAGGCGAAGAAGUGAACAAGUUGGGCUAGAGCUACUGUGGCUUGUUCUCACACUAGCCGAAAAGAUACGACCUUUUACAGUGUUUCAAAGGCUAAUACGCUCGGAGUGUACAAGUCUAUGACACCCAUCUUGCGUAGAAAGAGAUGAAAUUGGGAUGCACCAAGGGGUUGGUCAAAAUAUCACUAAGCUGAUGAGGGCUAGAAACAUGAAGAGUCUUUAUGACUCCAGCUUGUAACUUUUCUCUAAUAAGG